AUGCGGCCAGGACCCGGGCUGGUCGUGAUGGCGCUUGCCUACGACUCGGGCCGGCAGAGCGGCAGAGAGUCGUCAAUUCUUGGAGCUGGUGACGGCGGCUUCUCGUUUCUGCUGCCAAUAUUGCAUGACGUUAGCCCUGGUGACGACGCCCCCGCCCAAAAUUUUCCGCUCAACUUUGAUUUCUAUAGGCGGCCGGCGUUGCACGCACCAGACGAACCGCUGCGACGUGCUCGCAGUCUCGAGGCGGGCACCGAAUCGGCGGCGGGGGCGCCCGAGUCCAGCGAGGCGACGCUCAUCGGUGAGAACGACAGGGAGAACGGGCAGACGGUAGCCGAGCAGGAGGAACAGCAGCAGGAGGAGGAUAUCAGCGGGCUGCCCGUGCAGUACGCCUCGUCGCGCGCCUUUGACGACGACGCGGACGCGGAAGCGGACGGGGACGGGGACGGGGACGCCGUCGCGGACGAGGACAUCUUUGCGCUGGUCGCCGAGGACGAUCUGUUGUCCGAGGAGUCGUUCGAUCGGCUGAUAAAGCUGAGCGAGGACGCCGACAACGCAGCCGCCGAGGAGGAGGACUACAAUCUAGAGCAGAGCCAGCAACAGAGGGAGCGGGAACGGGAACAGGAGCCCGAACCAGAGCAGCAGGACGAGAGUCGACUGGUCGAUGAAAGCAGGGACGGCGGCACCUCGUCGGUCGCUGUUGCUGCUGCAACAACAACAACAACAACAAAAACAACAACUAGAACGAGCGGAGCAACUGCAUCUGCAGCUGCCGGCGUCAAAUUGCGAACGCCCGUGGAUACCAAGAAGUCCAUACUCGGCAGUGAGGCAGCUCUAACACGCCUUAAUCCUUGGAUAUCAGCUUGUGAUCUGGCACAGCCGGGCACAACAGGCACCGAUUUGCAGGGUCAGUGCUCGCCUGGCACACUGCCCAUGGCCUGGGUCGAUGAGGGACCUGGUCCGCCAAUCUGUCCGCGUUCCUGUGCCGAACAGCAGCCACCGGCGAGCAGUCCUGGCGCGCGCACCGACGAUAAUAAACUCAAGUAUUUCAUAAAUGCAAAUACGAUUAACUAUAAGUCGCCGCAUAUGCGUUUAAGUCAAAGCAACAGCAACAACAAUAACUAUAAGGCCAUGUCUAGAGUGCGACGCGAUAGGCAAUGGGACGAGCUGGCAACGGAGGCAGCAACGACCACAACAGCCGAGCAGGAGUUUGAGGAGCAGGAACAGGAGGAACUGGAACAGCCGGAGGCAACCACACUCUCGGCCACAGCCAGCAGCAAUGAUGUCGACGAACUGGAGGAUCGGUCCAUGCCCACGUUUCCCUACAGCCACCUGCAAACACACGAGCAACUUAGCGCCAACGAACAGCAACAGCAACAGCAACAACAACAGCAACAGCAGCAACAACAACAGUGCCUUGAUUACCUGGGCGAUGCGGCCGAGACGAGUCCACAGCAUUUGUGCGGCCUGCGGUCGCCGGGUCAGCUGCUCGCGCGCCUGCGCACCCUUCGCCUGCGGCAUUGCUGCGAGCGCAGCGUGUUCAGUGCGCUGCACACGUUGGCGCUAAAUGUGACGCUGACGGAUCGGGACGAGUGCGUCCGCCUGCUCAGUGAUUUGCUCGAUGUGGAUGCGUUGGCCAAUCGCCUCACCUGCGAGCUGGCCGAGAUACUCUUUCGCUUCGACUGCCGGCAGGUGUACUCGCUGGUCAAUCAGUGCGAUGACUGCAAGGAAGCUUAUCGCCGCUGGGUCUGCAGCACGCUGGUGCCGUAUUUCGCUGAGCCACAGGAUGUGGAUGCAACGCCAAAGCCAGCGCCAGUCGAUAACCUCGCCACGCGAGUGGCAGCUGCAAAGGCAAAGGCAGCGGGCAAAAGUAAACGUGCGGCGCGAAAUGCAGGAGGAGGAGCUGCUGCUGCUGCUUCUUCGGCUGCUGCUGCUGGCACGGGCGGCAUCAAACAUAAAUCUCAGAAAUUAAUCAGCAAUAACAAUAAAUCAAAGAACGGCAAUAACAUGAACGAGCGUCAGAUUAAUCAACAGCAUGACGAGGACAAUGAGCCCAACGAUGAGCCGCAAAACAAAAUUUCAAAUGCCAAUGUGGCUCGUUCGUUCUACGAUGUCGUUGGCAUUGGCCAGCACCAGACCCAGGCCCAGACCCAGACCCGUGCCCAGACCCAGUUCCAAUACCAGUUCCAGUUCCAGUUUCACAACAACAACAGCAACAGCCGAGCCGCCCUUGCUCAGCGUCAAAAAGAGGAAGACGAACAAUUCAAUAAUUUCAUAUCGACUGCCAAUAAUGCGGAUCCCAGCGCAGCGGAUCCAGUGAUAUCAAAACUACAAAAGAGAUCAACACGCAAGGCAGAGUUCCGUAAGCGCCGCCGCAUUCGACCCUGCCUGAGCGUGUGCCAAACCGUGGAACAAAAGUGCCCCUAUCUGCUGCCCGCCGACCGCGCCCCCGCGCUGCCCACCCAAUAUGCCGGCGAGCCGACAUUUGUAUGCCUAGAUCAAAACAUACCCGAGACUGGCGAGCAGCUGAAGAAAUCCAGCUACGGCCCCAACGACUGCUGCUACAGCUACUGCAACGGACCCACUGAGGGCAUCUGCACCGUCUGCCAGGAUUUUGCGCCCACCUCCGAUCCCAGCAGCAGCAACAACAACACAAACAACAGCUCGAGCGGCCGCCGCGUACACAACAUAACCCUGACGCUGAACUCGCCGCCGGGGGAGCAUGCGCGUGCGGCCAGCGUCUCGCUGGCGCUGCGGAACGUCUCGUAUGCGCUGGAGCCCGGCGCAGAGCUGCUGGAGCGGCUGCCCUAUUAUGCCCACUACGACGGCCUGUACUACUAUGACGACGAUGGGGGCAGCGAUAUGCCGGAGCGGCCGCUGUCCGGCGGCUGCGCGGCGGUGCCGUCGGUGACCACGCGCUGUACGAUACCCUAUUAUGCAUCCGGUGUGGCGCCGUCGCCGCCGACGCAGCUGCUCGUCUGGCUGAGCGCCCUGCUCGGUCUGCUGAGCAGCUGUGGGGCGGCGCGACAGCGAUGCGGGCGUGCCCGCGGCACGGCGCGCGUCGACCAGUGUCCGGGAAGCUGCCACGAGCUGUUGGCCACAGCGACUCCCAGCCCGGAGGCGCAGCAAGACGGCGCCAGCAGCGUUCGGCGCUGGCGCGACGGCAGCGGAAACGGAAGUGCACGCUUCGCUGCCAGCGACAGGCACCAAUGGUCCUGGCCGUCCGCUUGGGUGUGGCCGUGGGCGUGGGCAUGGUCAUGGCUAUGGGCGUGGCCAUUGAAUAUGUGCAGAAAAGUGCGUUACUUUCGCUGCAGCAGCAGAAGCAAAUUAAAAUGCAAGCGAGAGUUGAGUCGAGUCAGGUCGCGGGAUCGUAGUCGUAUAAUUAACUAUAGAGACUUGCAGCAGCUACAAAUACGAAUCAAGUGCAGCGAUAGGAAUAGGUCUGAUAGGAAUUACCGUUAUGUCUACUACUACAACUACAACAUAAACGAUUGGUGGCGAAGAUGGAAGUGGUUCGGCGGAAAUGCGGCAACCAUCAACUCAAAUGGCGCCUUAUAGUGCAUGCAAUAAGUAUGCGGCCACACACACACACACACACACACACACACAGAGAAACACACACAAAUUGCGGAUUUUCACAGAGAUUUGCAGUUUACAAAACAAAAAAAGAAAAACAAAAAGAAAAUGUCAUUAAUUGUAUUUCGUACUCUAGAAAAUUACUCGUAAUGCUAGCUAAUUAAAAACGAAAACAAAAACAAAAAAAAAAGUUGAGUGUAAAAACCCAAAAAUAAAUUAACAAAA